AUGGAAUUCAUUGAGCAUUUAGGAGUCAAAUUGGAGGAAGAUGACCAAGAAGUGAGAUCUUUUGUAAUAUGGGUAAAAGGGAUUUUAUGUUUAUCAGCAUUGUUGAUUUAUAUCAUGAUUUACCAAAUGGUUGCAAUUUCGUGCUCAUUGGCGUCAAUAGUAUUUCCUGAUUCAGCAAAUUUGAUCAGAAACAAAUGUGGCUACUUUUUCUGGGACUUUUCGUUAUAUUUAAUGCACUUGAAUAAGGUAAAGUUCAGACUUUAUGGCGACACUACUGAUGCCAAUCCUGCUGUGGUAGUAAGUAACCAUGCAUCUUUAGCAGACUGUUUUGUUAUUCACUAUUUAUCACGUAUGUCUAUAUUAGGGGACGAUUAUUCGCCGAUGCGACAAUGUGAACAGUUUUCGCUUCCAAUAAUUAAUUUCUUCUCGUGGUUUCUAGUAUGGAGAGUUCCUACAGUCAAAAUUUUGCUUCAUAUGUUAAAAUCCGAUGAAAACUGGGAACUAGAACUGAAGUCGUUAUCAUUUGUUUUUUCACGAUUAUUAAGAAGCAAAUUUUCAGAAUGGGUUGUGUUGUUCCCCGAAGUAAACAUUUGGAGCCCCAAUGGAGCCGCCUUACAGGGCCAAGUAAGCAAUAAGUACUUUUUGCCAAAAUUCAAUCACUUGUUGUAUCCUCGAUUCUCUGCGUUUUUCAAUAUCAUAUCCAUACUUAACCAAUCAAAGCCACAUGCUUAUUUAAACAUGUACGACAUCACCAUCUUAUAUACCCGCAACGGUCACGGUACAAUUUCAAAUCAAUAUAAACCACCGACUUUGCUAGACAUAUUUGCCAGUGCUGAACCUAUAACGGUGAUUGUUUAUGUAAAAAUCCGUUCAGUGUCAAGAAUCCCUACAAAAAGAAAAAAGCUAGAAAAGUAUCUAGAACAUUUAUGGAUACACAAAGAGAAAGUGAUCUCUCAAUUAAAGGCAGAAAAUGAUACCCACAUCCAAUUACGUAUAUCGAAAGAUAAUUUUUCUGUAGCUCCGUAG